CGGAAAACUAUUCCAAAAUGGCGGACGAAAAGAGGUCUCGUUCAAGGAAUCUGUAAAUUUUUGUUUUCAUUAUUUAAAUUUAUGACGGAUUUAAAAGAGCUGGACCUUAGAAGAUCUCAACGAUAUACAAUGUAAUUUGCUAAAGAAACGAAGAAAGAUAUAAUUAUCUACGCUCAUACAUCCGCAAAAGGAGAUAUGAUUUAUUGCAAGCAAGAUUGCUAUUUCCAUUACAUGUGGGAUUUCAGAACUUGGUUGAUUGCUUGACAAUAGAUGGCAACAAUGUUGCAGCUUUCUGGUCUAGUUCCAAGAUAUAUCAGCAAGUCAAAUGUCCUGGGAAGAGUUGUCCCACAUGUGUUGGGUAGGAGACACAGAAGUGAUGAUCUGCCCCGUUAUAAUCCUGUUAACAUACAAAUGCUGUCUGCCUCCCUCCACGAACAGCUCUUCCCCGAUACACCAGCUAACACCCAGAGUACAGAUGUCAUCCAAAAGUGCAUUGAGCACCUGAGUGCUCAUGGAUUAUGGGGCAAAACAAAAUCUGCUGCAAGAGAUGUAGACAUGACUCUCCCUCCCCUCCUGGGGGAAAACAUUGAUGAUCAUUUCAGGACUAUUGCGAGACAACAGAGUAAAGCAUACUAUGAUAUGUCACAGGACAUAGCAUCAUCGUCAUUGCCGUCGGUUCCUGAUAUGUGGGAGUUUAGGGCGGGCUGGUGCAGGUAUGCGGAGGACGCUGAUGGUCUACAUGUCACCCAAGUAGAGUGUCCGCCUGAUGAUGCUUUGGUCUUUGAUGUUGAGGUGUUGCAAUCUGAGGGUCUUUUCCCAACACUGGCUGUAGCCGCCUCCCCUUCUGCAUGGUACUCAUGGGUCAGCCCACGGCUUGUUAAGGAUAAAAGUUACCAGUGGAUUGUACGGCCAAGACCUGACCUUUACAUACCUCUUGAAACGUCAGAUGGCAAGGAAACCCACUGGAGGGAAAGACUUGUGAUUGGUCACUCAGUCGGCUAUGAUAGGUCGUACGUCAAGGAACAAUAUUACAUUAAGGGUCCCAAGACAUAUUUCCUGGACACCCUCAGCCUUCACAUGUGUGUGUCUGGACUGACAGGCCUGCAGCGACACUUGUGGACAGCUGCCAACUCUGGCCGCAAGACUCGUCAGGACUGGAUGCAGGCCGGUGCUGGAAACAAGCUUGUGGAUCUGUAUGCUCUCUAUUGUGAUGGUGAAGCAGUGGAUAAGUCCUUGGUGGACGUGUUCAUUCAUGGUGACAUGGGAGAUGUACGAGCACAAUUCCAGGAUUUGAUGGCUUACUGUGCCAAAGACGUUUCUCUCACCCAUGAAGUGUUUGCAGCACUAUGGCCAUUCUUCCUAGAGCGCUUCCCGCACCCUGUCACCUUUGCCGGCAUGCUUGAGAUGGGCUCUGCCUACCUCCCUAUUGACCAGAGCUGGGACAGUUAUCUACGGGACUGCAAUGACACGUACGAGGACCUUGAACAAGAGAUGAAGGGGUCUCUGAUGCACUUGGCUGACGAAGCAUGUAAUUACCAUCAUGAUAGAAGGUAUAGCCGUGAUCCAUGGCUCUGGAGUCUCGACUGGUCGGUUCAAGACGUGCGCACUAAAGUCCCAAAGAAGCCAAAGAAGCCCAAGAAGAAGAAAACAAGCACCUCGGCGGCCACGAUCACCCUGGACAGGAUGGAAAGUGAUAGCUUAGAGUGCCCUUCUAAUAAUGAACUAAUACAUAACGAGGACAAGGAAGAGGUAUUUGACGAGUGGAACUUGAUCAAGAUGGAGAAAUAUGGCAUGCUGGGAAACGCCGCACGUGACACUGGAUCAUGUGAAGAGGCACAUGACCAAUCAGAAAAGACAACCCAGCUUUUGUCUGCGAUCCCCCCAGCAGAGGAGAUUAUGUACAAGAGACGGCAGCAUUUACCUGGCUACCCUUUGUGGUACCGCAAACUCUGCCCGAAGAACGGUGAAGGAGCCUCGCUCGUGAGCCCGCAAUGCCAGACAGCGCCCUUGCUUUUGCGCAUGACAUGGGACGGGUUCCCGCUGCACUAUAGCCGCAAACAUGGCUGGGGGUAUUUAGUUCCUGGUCGAACAGACAAUCUUCAUCCACGUGACCCCGAGGAAGAAACCGCGGAGAAGCUUGAGAGGCCUGGACCCGAUACUCCAUUCCCGACAAGUGUAUUCCAGUCGCUAUGGCAACAGCACCGCAUGAAUCCCUUGACCUCCUCCCCCUCCCCCUCCCCCCUCGACGACGAAGAACUUGACAUUCGCCACCUGACAGACAGUGACAUGUGGUCUGAAUACGAGUACCAAGAGAUAAAAGCCAACGGGAAGCAGCAGGGCCUGGAGGGGGGCUCUCCCAGACAGGAGGGUUGCGAAUCUGGACUGCAAGGGAGUAGCCCUGGUCGGGAGGGGGUGCAAUGUACCAAACUACAGAGUACGAAGAAGAAGUUAGAUUCAGACUGGAGGCAUAGCAAGCCGCCCAGCUAUCAUGGGGUGGGGCCCUUUAACGACGUAGAUCUGCCAGGUGUCUGGUUCUUCCGUAUCCCGCAUAAGAACGGUGACCAGUACCGUUGCGGGAACCCUUUGGCGAAGGAUUACAUCACCAAGCUGGACGAUAAGACCCUAGUUUCGGCUGGUGACCGCAGUGCACGACGGACCCUCGUGACUAACAAGAUGAUCUCAUUCUGGAGAAACGCACACAAGCGGAUCACAUCUCAGAUGGCCGUGUGGUUUGGCGCUGAUGAUUUGCCGGACCAAGUAAAAAGAUCUGCGCAGUUUAGCAGUCACAACACUUAUGGAGCCAUCGUCCCCCGUGUUAUAUCAGCGGGAACCGUUACGAGACGAGCAGUGGAACCCACUUGGCUAACCGCCAGUAAUCCCAGGGAGGACCGCGUGGGUUCUGAGCUGAAGUCCCUAGUGAGGGCCCCUCCAGGGUACUCAUUGGUAGGGGCUGAUGUGGAUAGUCAGGAGCUCUGGAUCGCAGCGGUGCUGGGAGAUGCAAACUUUGCGGGAAUUCACGGCUGCACUGCGUUUGGUUGGAUGACGCUGCAAGGGCAGAAAUCAGACGGCACUGACUUGCACAGUAAGACCGCUGACACGAUAGGGAUAAGCCGAGACCACGCCAAGGUGUUUAACUACGGGCGUAUUUACGGCGCGGGGCAGAAGUUCGCGGAAAGGCUGCUGCUGCAGUUUAAUCAUCGCCUGACCGACACGGAAGCGAGGCAAAAGGCUGAGCGACUUUACUCAAGUACCAAGGGCACGGCGCGGUAUGUGUUGUCAGACUACGGGCAUGAAGUUGCUCAUGAGUUUGGGAUCCCUGUAGAUGAAGAUGGCUGCGUAGAGACUCGGGUCUACUGGGAGCUGGUUAGACGGACUACACGAAGACGAAGAAACAAAAAUUUCAAGAAAAGUAUCGAGGCUGGUCGAAGAUGGCACGGAGGAAGUGAGUCUGAGAUGUUCAAUAAACUGGAGAUGAUCGCCCAGUCGGACGAGCCCCGGACCCCAGUGCUCGGGUGCCGAAUAAGCCGCGCCCUGGAGCCGUGGGUAGUGGGCGGUGCGUUCAUCACUAGUCGAGUGAACUGGGUGGUCCAGUCCUCCGCGGUUGACUACCUCCAUCUGAUGCUUGUAUCUAUGAAAUGGCUCUUCACUGAGUAUGGUAUCGAUGGCAGGUUCUGUAUCAGUAUUCACGACGAGGUGCGUUACCUCGUGGCAGAGGAGGACAAAUACCGCGCAGCCCUGGCACUACAAAUCACCAACCUGCUGACGCGUGCAAUGUUCGCGUACAAGCUGGGCAUGAACGACCUGCCACAGAGUGUUGCGUUCUUUAGUGCUGUUGAUAUUGAUAAGGUCUUGCGUAAGGAGGUAAACCUGGACUGUAAGACUCCCUCCAAUCCUCAGGGACUGCAGAAAGGCCAGGGGAUCAUGCCAGGCGAAGCGUUGGACAUACAUCAGAUCUUACAGAAAACAAAUGGAUGCCUCAGAAAAGUGGAACAUUUGAAUGUGCAAGACAGUGUUCAGUAAACCUUGCAUUGAUGUAGAAACACUACAAUGUCAUUGUAAUCAAGAUGUAUGCCAAACUACAUUUUGUACACAAAAUAUUGGAGAGAAAUAAUGUAAAUAAUAAAUGAACUUAAAACGAUUGGACAUGAAAAGAGCCAUCGUUUAUUAAAGGCAUUUGUUCAAGUGUUCAAGACAAUAAAAGUACACUUCCGGUCA